UCUACGUCGGUAAAGUAAUUCAUUUUUCUCAUUGACACGUAGUGUCUAAUAUUUUAUUGUAUUUCAUAAUUGAACCGUUCUUAUUAGACUUGUGAGUCCCAAAAGUAUUUUAAUCCAUUACUCAAAUUUCUAUCAAAUGUUUCUAUGUAUUGAAAGGAACGGAUAAAGUGCCUUUGCAACAAUGUCAACGUUUCAUUUGUUUUCAUGGGGUGCUAAUUCUCACGGUCAGUUGGGUCAAAAUAUCGAAGACGAGCAACUUGUACUUCCCACAGAAGUUGAUCUGUCCCAAGCCGAGCUCAGAGCAGAAAAUAUUGUAAAGAUCGUAGGAGGAGCAGGACUCACACUGAUUUUGGAUAAGUUAGGAGACGUGUAUUCUUGCGGAUGGAAUACCAAAGGACAAACAGGAAUUCCUGUUGCAGGAAGCAUUCUGAAAUUUAAAGAAAUAGAAUACCUGAGAAAUGAGUAUAUCAUUGACGUUGCUUGCGGAUGGGAUAGCUCGAUGGCUCUGACGAGAGAUGGGUAUGCCUUUGUCUGGGGUUCAAAUCGAUUUGGCCAACUUGGGAACGACCUCUGUGAAAAACAAGAUACUGUUAAACCAAUUAAAAUCACCAGCAACAAGAAAAUAGUUCGCUGCUCAAUGGGCUUAAGACACUCCGCAUAUGUCACCGAAGACGGUCUAAUUUUUGUUACUGGUUCCAAUAGCAAAGGCCAAUUAGGUGUGAUUUCUCCGAAAGGCAAACAAAUUUCAAUGUUAACUACAUUUACCAGAGUUCCAGGCUUAACCGAUGUGGUAGAUGUUGCAUGUGGUCAACAUCAUACAGUAGUGGCAACUAGAGAAGGCAUUUAUUCAUGGGGUAGCAAUAAGUACGGACAACUAGGGCAUGACUCCGUUGAGAAUACUAUUCCAUUUCCGAAAAGAAUACAGAAUAUUCAACCUGAAUACACGAAAGUUUAUGCAGGCUGGACACAUACAGUUACUUUAAAUAGAAACGGAGAUGUACUCAAUUGGGGUAGGAAUAUUUAUGGUCAACUAGGAGGUCAAAGGUCCGACCAAGAUCAUUGGAAACCAAAAAGUAUUCAGAAUCUACCAAAAAUCAAGGAACUAGGAAUUGGCUCAGAACAUAACAUCGCACUUACUGAGGACAGAUCAAUUAUAUGUUGGGGAUGGAACGAGCACGGGAAUUGUGGCAAUGGUUCUACGGAGAAUAUUUUAAUUCCAGAAAACGUCUCUACUUUGCGAGAUUUUAAUGGAGUUGUCAUAGGAGCUGGUGCUGGCCAUUCCUUCGCAGUGAUCCAAAAGUGUCCUCCUCGAUAACAAUUCUUAGAUAUCAAAUUUCAGAAGUU